AGAGCCAACGAAGGACCAGAGCCACCACCUGUGAACGUGACGCCGACGUGUGAGAUCCUGACGCCGACGAGUGAGAUCCUGACGCCGACGAAGGGGGGGAGUGACACCUUCUUCAGGAGCCAGAAAGAGGUGUAGCGUCACCAUGGACCACAAGAACUUCGACAGCCUUCUCUCGGCGAUCGGGCCGGGGCGCUGGACCAUCUUCAUGUUCGUCUCCUAUGUGUCGUGGGCGCUGUUACUACCUUACUUUUCGUUGGGCGGCGCCUUUUACAACCCUGUCGUGGACCAUUGGUGUAGUGUCCCUGAACUGAGCAACAACUCGUGGACACUGGAACAACGUCUUAACUACUCUGUUCCCUGGGAAUAUCGUGGUGGUCGCCUAGAGAGGUCGCAGUGCAGCGUGUAUGUGAGGGACUACGAAGCUGUCGCCGACCUCCCCUGGUCACCUGACCUUGCUUUGACCCCGGAGCAGGCCGUGACCCUGGAAACAAAAUCUUGCAACCAGUGGGAGUUCGACAAAUCUGUCUUCCACUCUACAGUUGCGAGUGAGUGGAAUCUGGUGUGUGACAGGGUUAGCCUCAGCCCCUUCUUCACCAGCUUUUACUUCUUCGGUGCCGCCGUCGGGGAGACACUCAUCGGAUUCCUUGCCGACAAGUACGGCAGAAGAUGGAUCCUCAGGGUAUCCACACUGAUCUUCCUGCUGACCGCCACGACCUCAGCUCUCGUGCCCUUAUACUCGCUCGUGCUGGCGGGCAGGUUCGUCCUCGGGGUCAUCCACACCAUCAUUGGCCCGGCUUAUAUCCAGGGAAUGGAGGCGUGUCCUUCCAAACUCCGCACCAUCCUCGGCCUCCUGUCCACCGCCCCCUUCGCCCUCACCGGCAUGUUCUUCGGGGCGUGGGCGUACCUCAUCAGGGACUGGAGGACGCUGCAACUCGUGUGCGCGCUGCCGGUCCUCCUGCAGCUGAUUUACAUGCCGUUCAUGGACGAGUCUCCCCGCUGGCUGCUUCAGCAAGGGCGCCUGAAGGAGGCAGCGAAGAUCCUGAAGAAGGCGGGGCAGUGGCACGGUGUCACCCUCCCCGCUGACAAGGAACUCAUGAUCCUGAUGGAGAAAUUCCAAGAACAGAGCAGCGAUAAGAAGGAGACACCGAGGGACGCAGAAGGCUUCAGCGGACGCGCGAGGAGGUGGUGGAGGGACGUGACGGUGCUGGUGCGCACGCCCGCCCUCAGGAAGAUCACCAUUGGGCUCUUCGGCUGCUGGUUCUGCACCGGGCUGACCUACUGGGGAAUGAGCCUCUCCGGUACCACUUACAGCAAGGACCCCUUCCUCUACGUGGUCCUGAGCUCCCUCGUGGAAGUCCCCGGCUACAGCGGCCUCACCCCCGUGGUAGGACGCUUCGGCAGGCGCUCCGUCCUCUCCUUCAACUUCACCGUCUGCGCCGUCGCCAUCCUCACCAUCCUCGCCACGCCAAAAAGCUACACGUGGAUGAUCUUCUCCCUGGCGCUGGUCGGGAAGCUCUUCAUCACGGCGAGCUACGGCCUCAUGUACCUCGUCUCCUCCGAGCUCUUCCCGACCUGCGUGCGCUCCAGAGGCCUCAACAUGUCGUCCAUGAUGGCUCGUUUGGGAUCCCAUCAUCUCUCCUUUCAGUGA